AUGGCUGACAUCAAGACAGCCUGCAUGGCCUCUUUGGCAACCGUGCCUCUCGGAAAAACACCGGCCGAGGUACAAAAUGGCAAAGACUUCUACAAGUACUUGUUCACCAAUCAUCAGGAUCUUCGCAAGUAUUUCAAGGGAGCUGAGAGCUUCACUGCUGACGACGUUCAAAAAAGUGACAGAUUCGAGAAACUGGGAACUGGGCUGCUGCUAUCUGUGCACAUUCUAGCGAACACAAUCGAUAACGCGUUCUGGGGUAUCUGGUGUGCAUUCCUAGAAAGCCGUGGACAAAGCGUGGACAAGGGAGCAUGGGAGAAGCUUGGAACUAUGUUCAACGAUGAGUGCCAGCAGCAGCUCGCCAAGCACGGACUUCCCCACACGUAA